AUGUCGUUCAACCCGGGAAACUUGGAGGAGUUCUUGCGUGGCAUGCUAAUCAGCGACGGCAAGAAAACCGACAGCGUUUUCAGUUUUCACUCCGUGGAAGCAGCCAAGCUAUUACUAACACCCGAAGAUGCCCCAGCCUUUCCACCUGACCCAGUUCCGACUCUUCCCAAAAGAUUCAAUGGGAGUGGCAUGCUAUCGAGAAAGCUCAUGAAAGUCCACAACUCUCAAUUUAAUGAAGAAACCAAGCCACCACCGCCACCCAAAACCGCGCCUGCACCUUUCCGCAGACCAGUUCCAACUCCUUCGGCCAAGCAGCGCGUCGUUCGUUGCAUCUGGCCCCGAGAUCCCAAUGGACCUGUGAUGGCCGACCUACCUAGCGGCAAGGUCGCUGAGAACAAUCAGCGAGUCUGGGGCGCCACACUUGAUGAUUUCUAUUACGUACGGCCUUUUCCUAAAGCUUCAAGCGUUACAACUAGGAUGUGCGGGAGCAGGCUGGCGGCGUGGAUGAAGGAGAUUGGGGAGGUUGAGCAUGCGAAGGAGGAGAUCAAGCGGGCCGAAGCGGAGGAACAUCCUCGAGAGGUUUUUCCGUGCGACAUCGGUAGACUUCUCGAUGACAAGGACUCCGGUAUCCCGACUUGGAGACCAUUAGAGCAACUCGUAGUGGCCUACAUGGAGAAUGACGAAGAGAAUGUUGCUCCGACGAGGCCUCAGAAUCAUCCGGACAAAACAGUUUACGUGUUUCAGCAGCGAAUACCCUAUCAUCUUUUACCGGAAAAGCUUGUCGUCCACGAUGACGGUGGUACUCUUCGUGCGUUGAACAACGAUUAUCCCAGGCCACCAAAGAAAAGUCACGUUUACCGACUCUAUGUCUCUUCCCACGUCAAGCAAGAUAUCGUUCGGCAGCGCGCGGCUGUUCAGAAAGAGCACGUUGCCGCCCAUUCUAAAGGCGGAAUGCUCUUCGUCCCCUCUUCUCUUGAAACCCCCAUCGUCUCCCCAUCUUGCUGCACAUGCCCAGGCUCUGGGGCGAUCUUCGCCAAAUUUUCCAAAAAGCCAGCACUACCACUUUCCACCCCGGAAGCGCACCUGUACCUUUCACCCGAGCGCAUCGUUGGACGAGGGCAUCACUCCGUCGUGUACAGUGCCGAGUGGGAAGUCCCUCGUACAUGGCUACCCAGCUUCCAGCCAAGGGUUUGUGAGCAAUGCGCCUGCCGUGUGUUGCUGGAGAAGUUCAAGAAGGAUAUGCCUGAAGUAGAAGUGGACGAGACACAAUAUAUCGGGAACCAAAUAUCCAUCUUCGUCAUGGAGGCAGCCAGACGGUCGGGUGGAGUAGGUUCCAGAUGCGAGUCAGAUGUCGGCAAGAUAGAGACGGGAUGCGAAGGGCCGGUGCGGGAGAUUGACAUCGACGUACGGUGGCAGGGUCCUGGGACGUAUUGCGAGCACGAAAGACGCCGAAGCAACAAGACGACGUUCCGGACGCUUGUCACAGCGAAGCUCUCCUUCGAAUGCGAUGAACAUCUCGAACAAGAGGCGAAGAAUUAUCAGCAGUUCCCAGCGCAUUUCUUCCAGCAUUGGAGCGGAUACAACAUCGUGGCGCCGUUGCACGAUCCGACUCCCAUCGGGGCGGUUGUUCCCCAGUUCUAUGGGUAUUACGUGCCGGAGAGGGUUUAUGAUGAUGAUGGGGGAUACCUCAGUCCGAUCUUGCUAUUGGAAGAUUGCGGGACGCCUAUCGAUAUUGAUACCUUGGACAUUGAUGAUAGGCAGGAAUGCGCCUCCUUGCUCUUUCGUUUCCACCACGAAGGGUGGUUGCAUGGGUCGGUGUUUCCAAGAAAUAUCGUGGUGCAGCAUGGAGACGUCGAGGAUUGGCCGGAGUGUAGGAGACAUUCGGAUCGGAGGUUCAGGUUGAUUGACUUUGGGCGGUCAGAGAAGGGGGAUACGGUGACGGAGUCGUGGAAGGCGCAGCAAUUGUUGAAGGUGGGGAACUGUGAACGCAUUUAGAAAUGAGUACCUUUGCUAUUGAUUUCGUCAGCGCGGAAUGAUGGACAUAUUUGGCAACGACGACAUUCAUCGCCGCUCAGUAGACGGAUAUUUCAAGUGUCUGUCAUCAUUUGUUGUACGACCUUCGGCAAGCGAUUUGAGGCCUGAGAAUUCUGAGUCCAAGGUUAACUCGUACUGGCGCCGAGAGUAACUGUUGGUAAGACAUACGUAUGGGUCCCAGCCUCCCGUUGUUGAGGCUCAAUAUACAAAGUUCGAAUAAGCACGAUUAAACAGAGAUUUAUAGCAGUUAAUGUAGACCUCAGAGCGUGGGAGUCGGUGUGAGAUACUUGGGG